CUUCCCGACCUGUUCGGAUCUUCUUUGCAGAAUCACUUUCUCUCGUUGUUUAGUGAACUCCGCUCACAUAGCUUCCCGGCGUUCAUCGUUAUUUCUUUUAUUCAAUUUUUGCUUGCCUAACGCCGAGCAUCAUGAGCACCCUCGUUCACAACACCGUUGAACGCCUCGACCGGCCGAGUGCCUACUACCUGGGCAAGAACAAGCGUCGCAAGUUCAGCCACGAUGAGGUCGAAAAGCCUGAAGAUCCCGUCGACAACCUAAAGGAUGCCACCACUCUCUACGUCGGUAAUCUUUCUUUCUACACCACCGAAGAGCAGAUCCACGAACUAUUUGCCAAGUGCGGCGAGAUUAAGCGACUAGUUAUGGGUCUGGAUCGGUACAACAAGACCCCCUGCGGAUUUUGCUUCGUCGAGUACUACACCCACCAGGAUGCGCUGGACUGUUUGAAAUACAUUGGUGGCACAAAGCUGGAUGAGAGAAUUAUCCGGACGGAUCUGGAUCCUGGCUUCGAGGAGGGUCGGCAAUACGGACGUGGUAAAUCGGGUGGUCAGGUCCGCGACGAGUACCGCGAGGAAUACGACCCUGGCCGUGGUGGCUAUGGACGUGCCUAUGCAGAUGACCAGCGACGACGGGAGGAAGAGGAGUACGGCAAGGGUAAGUAAAAAGGGGAAGACAGACAUAUUCAGGUUGGCGCAAAAACGGCGUUUUUAUAUGUACAAUCUAUUUCUAUCAUUGCUAGAAAGGCAUUCAAGAAAGAAAAAUUUACAUCCACUACCCCAACGCUAUGCAUCAUCAGUCAUGAUGUUGCCUCUUUAUGUGUGAUGCGCGGCAUGUCUUUUCUUCACUGAUUCCUCGACCUGGCGCAACCACCACGCGUGGAUGCGGGCAUCGUCAGUCAGCUCCGGGUGGAAGCUUGUUCCAAAGACGUUCCCUUGGCGGACCGCGAUAAUGUCCCCCGUCUCGUCAUCGGCGUUAAUGG